CUCUCGCUCAACGUUCCCUCAGUUCGGUACGGUUUUGACACGGUACGAGCCAGCAGCUCUGCCUUGGAGAUUUUCUGAUCUCUGUACAUUCGCUAUUAUACAUUCGCUUCAACAACGCAUCCAUGCUCUUUACUCACUUAAUAGGCCUUGCGGCCGGACUCGCCGGCGGAGUUUCCGCAGCCUGUAGCUCUGCGCUCAAGAUCGAUGACUUUUCCAAAUGGUCGAGCAACACCAACAGCUUGAACUCUUGGACCAGUGACGAUGGCUCCAUGACUUCUUCCUCUGCCAGCGGAGGCGUCCUUUCGUUCAGACCAAAAUCAGGCUCUUACUUUUACGAGACGUUUGCUUGCCAGGCUGCUACGUCAAAUGGCUACAAUUCUGUCCAAUUCACAAUCAAAGGCCCUGCCAGCGGCUCUCUUACUCUCGAAAUACAAACAAAGAGCUCCUGCUCCGCUAGCUCUUACACCUCAUAUUACUACAGCGUGACCGGACUCCUUGGUAACACUCAAACCGUUACUAUUCCCCUCAGUUCCUUCAAUGGCGCCAAUGGCAAUGCUGUCACUGCCUUUGUCUGGUCAGGCUUCUCAAGCACUACAACUACAUGGCAGAUCAGCAACGUUCAAUUCGGCUGCGGAGGUUCUAGCGGGAUCUCAAGCACCCAAAGACCGUCUUCUACACUUGUGACAGCUGUCUCCUCCGUGAGAUCCACGCUUGUUACAUCUGCCCUGCCCUCCGGUACCUGUGCUCCACUUGCUAUCGACGAUUGGGCUUCGCAAUCCCGGUUGACAUUCUUGUUCUACAACUCGCUGAUGAUGCCCACUUCUGAUGAUGGCACAUUUAAGUCAUUGGAGGUUAACAAACCUGCAAAAAAUCGAGUCACUCUUACUCCCAAAGACAAGAACUCAUACUUCUAUACCCAGCUGGGCUGCACGAAUGCUAAGGACAGAUAUGGCGGUAUCUCUCUCCGCAUAAAGGCCCCGGCUGGCACCACAUUAUCCGUGCAACUCGAAUCUUCGGCAAGUUGCGAUCCUGCCUCCACGAUCGUUGGUGGCCAAACCUCUACCCAGCUUGGCUGGUCAUUCGACGGAACCGAGAAAGUGUAUACCAUUCCAUUCUCUAAGUUCCCGUCGGUUGACACAAGCAAACUUGUUACACUAUUUUUCUCCCAAUUCUCUCAAGCAGUUUCCUUUGGUCCAGUGGCCUUCUACUGCGGAAACAGUGGCGCCGAGUACAUUGUCAGCACAACGACUCCUCCUGCUGGCCCUUCUUCGACGGUUGCUGCUCCCUCAGGCACUGCUGCUGCUCUUGUCAUCGACCGUUUCGCCACUGCCAGCCAGAAUGCCCUUGGGUUCUGGCAUGGUGGUGAUGAGGGCAUGACUCUCAACUAUAAUGGCGGAAAGCUCACCAUCACCUCUGCCGAUGCUGAUUACUCGUUUUACACUCAAGUAUCAGGAUCAUGCAGUGACUUUUCCAAGUACAAGGGUUCCUACCUGCACAUUGCCUAUUCCGGCAGCACUUCUUUCACUGUUGCCCUCCAACAGCAUAACAGCCAGUGCAAUGCUAACAUUGCGCCAUUUCCUGAGACCUGGGACUCUGCAGAGGCCAGCCGCUACGCCAAGGAUGGGCACAUCUACAUCCCAAUGAGUCACUUCAACGUCAACCUCCAGCGCACUAUUGGUCUCGCUAUUAAGGGAUUCUACUCUGCCAGCUCAGUCACGCUUUCUGUGAUCGAGAUCGUGCCUUCUGUCCCCCGCGGCUGGACUGUUCCCAACAAGCUCGAGACUGGUGACCUCGUCUUCGCCUGCAAGCGUCCUAACUCUUUCGCAUUCGCCAUUGAUGAUGGAUCCCCAGAGUAUGCGCAAGAAGUUAUGAACAUUAUCAAGAGUGAGGGGAUCAAAGUUACAUUCUUUACCGUUGGAGCGCCUCUCCUAGACGCUUCUACCAACCUUACCAAUGUAUACCGCGAGAUGGAAUCUCAGGGUCAUCAAAUCGCCCUUCAUUCCUUCACUCAUCCUAAAAUGGAGGGCCUUCCCGACUAUGCCUCUAUCGAUUGGGAAUAUAAUGAAGACAUUAAAGCUGUCAAGAAGCAACUCAACAACCUCCACAGUCCCUAUUUCCGCCCUCCCUUUGGCAACGAAGGUGCCCGCAUGCGAUCUCGCCUCGCGCAGUCUCUUGGCGAGAAGCCCACCAUAACAAUGUGGUCCGUUGAUGUCGAGGACUGGCUCUGGGCCGAGACCGACACUCCAGAGGAACAACUCAAGGCAUUCCAACGAGAUGUUGACAAGGGCGGUAACUUGGUGGUUCUCCAUUAUCUCUACCCAUCUACUGUAUCCUACCUCAGGCAAUUCAUUCAGAUUGCCAAAGCUACUGGGAAACAGCUGAUGCGCGUUGACCAAUGCAUGAACGAUCCCAACGCACCUCCACUAUGAAUAGGCAAUCGAGCAUCAACGCCUAAGAUGGGGAAAAAGGUGUUGGAUGGUGAGCGUGGAGGAUGUUUGUUAUUUAAUGCGUGCUGGUUAUAUCAAUUAAUAAUAAG